AUGCAAAGGAGUUGUGAGGCCUCCUUAAAAUGCCUCCAAAUCAAGGGAUUCCCUUAUGGGAAUUCCUUUGAAGGGUUUCCUGAGUUUAAAGAAGAAAUUGGUGCUCACCCAGGCGGGGAUGUUGUUGAACCAGUUCACUCACUUAGAAGCGAGUUUCUUGAACUUCCAAGUGAAUUUCCCAACAAACCUGCCUACCAUCAUGAUUUUGGCUCAUGGUCGACCUUUUAUCCAGACUCUCAAAAGAUGCAGCAGAGCCAAAUGAAUUGUUUUGAAAGCCAAUUUUAUCCCUUUGCUCUGGAGACUCGAUUUCACUAUGCUCCUUUUAAUAUGUUUUCUCAAGGUUAUCCAUGUGAGACCCAGUUCCAAGAUUUUCAAUAUUUUGUGGUCAUAGACUUUGAGGCUACUUGUGACAAGGAAAGAAAUCCUCAUCCACAAGAGAUAAUUGAGUUUCCAUCUGUCAUUGUGAGCAGUGUAACUGGUCAGCUUGAAGCUUGUUUUCAGACAUAUGUGCGGCCAACAUGCAAUCAGCUUCUGAGUGAUUUUUGCAAGGAUCUUACUGGCAUCCAGCAAAUCCAGGUGGACAGAGGUGUCACUCUUAGUGAGGCUCUCCUCAGGCAUGAUAAAUGGCUUGAGAAUAAAGGGAUUAAAAACACCAAUUUUGCUGUGGUAACAUGGUCGAACUGGGAUUGUCGGGUGAUGUUGGAAUCAGAGUGCCGAUUCAAGAAGAUUAGGAAGCCUCCGUAUUUUAACCGAUGGAUCAACUUAAAAGUUCCUUUCUGUGAAAUAUUUGGUGGUGCGAGAUGUCUGAAGGAGGCUGUUGAGAUGACAGGCCUAGAAUGGCAGGGCCGUGCUCACUGUGGUCUGGACGAUGCCAAAAAUACUGCUCGGCUGCUUGCCCUACUUAUGCACCGGGGCAUCAGAUUCUCCAUCACCAACUCACUGAUGUGGCACACAACUGACAGUUCAUUGUCAUCUAAGCAGCCCCCUGAGAAUCUGUCAUUUUCACCACACCAACCCCAUAAGCUGAAGGAAAUUCAUAUUCCUGUUUUCCCAUAUCAUCCCUUCUGUUUCUGUGGGGUGAAGAGCAGCAAAGGAAUGGUUCGAAAGCCUGGACCGAAGCAAGGCAGCUUGUUCUUUGGCUGUGGCAACUGGACUGCCACUAGGGGUGCCUGCUGUCGUUACUUCGAAUGGGCAUCUCCCUGA